CACUUGCAAAUCUUCAAUUCAAAAACUACCCGGCUGCUUCUACUAUUUCCGAGUCCUCCGAGUCUUCUAAUCGUCUCCAAGUAAGUCUCUUUCCUUCCUUUUCUGAGUCAUGUCAGACCGUGAGGAUAGCCAGAACUUUUCCGUUCAUUCCUACGGUUCUGGCGGCCGGUCUCCAACCUUCGGUUCCUCUUCUUCUUCAUCCUCUGACUCUGAGCACCCGGCUACUUCUCCACAGAAGAAGCUGGUUGAUGCUUCCACUUGUGCCCCUUCUUCUUCCGUGGCGCAAGUGGUCUCGGUUGCCCAGCCCGGGGACGAGGGUUUCAUUCAGCUGGACGACCGGUUGCUCCAAACGCAACCAUCGGUCAUGCAGAAAGCCCAAGUCCACGAGGUGCGCAACCUGAUGCCGGAUGGGUACCAAUUGACCUACCGGGCAGCGUGGAAGAGCAUUAUUCCUCUCCACGUCGGUACGUCGAUUGGUAUCCAUUACCAUUCGAUCAAGGACUUGGGUGAAUUCUCUAUUCAUCCAUUCAAAGUCCUUUUCCUUGAAACAUACGGUAUCAUGCCCGGGCAGCUGGCCCCUAAUGGUCACCAUUUGUUGGGCAGUUUUAUUAAUGUCUGCCGGUUUCUUCGUAUCCCUCUUUCCCUUUGUCUCUUCGAUCACAUGUUCGAUGUCCGGCCCGGGUCCAAGGAAACCCUUGGAUUCGUGGUGGUGUCUUCCCAUCAAGGUCGGGCAUUCCUCUGUGGCCUUCCUCCUUCCAACAAGAAGUGGAAGGACAAAUACGUCUGUAUCCAAUUCCCCCCGGCCGCUUUUCCUUUUGCCCAGAAUGUCUGGGGGAAGAGAAUGAAGCGCCAGGUCAAACCAGCAGAGGCGGAUGACCUGGCUGCUUGGGAAGCCACUCUCCAGGCCGGGGAUGCCUCCACCCGCAGCCUGUACCAUGUAGGGAAGUGGAGCGUUUACCCUGGUCGGGAGACUGACCCUGAGCCGGAGAUUAUCCUGCCCGGGGCGAUCCCCGAAGCCAUCCCCAUCCGCCAGGCGAGGGGACCCAAAGCCUUGGCCACUGCCACUGCCGGUCCUUCACGCCCGGCGAGACCCGCUACCUGGGCUGCUCAAGCGCCUGAUGAGUUCGCCGCUAAGGCGUUACCUGACCGGGAGACAGCCAUCCGCUUCUUCCAAGGGCUGUACAAGCAUCCAGUAUCGGCUGGCAUCGUGGACGAGAUUGGGACCUACGGGUUUGAAAGCGGCCAGUAUUCUGAACGGAAGGCCCUCUAUGGCAUCCUUGAGCAGAGGAUCCAAGGCUUCCGGCCCAAGGCCCUUUCACUGCCCGAGCUGCAUGACGAGGCGCCCGUACCUCCAUUCCUAGGCAUCUGAUCCGUCCGGCCUUCUUUUCUCUUCUGAUUCUCUCUUUUUUUUAUGAUGUAAUAUCCUGCCUCCGGGCGCUUUUUGUACACCGUUGAAAUAUUAAUGAAAAUAUUUUCUAUAUUAUGUGCUGAGUGCUUUUUUCCAUAUCUCAUUAAUUCUUUUCAACUUAGAUUCUUUAACCGUUUAGAUUAGUAAAUAACAGCCCGGCUG